UACUGGCUGCAGCCAGCAGCACAACAGCAGCAAGUUGCAUCCCUGCAAGAGGGUCUGUUGAAUUUGCAGGCAUAUUUCAGUGUUAAGUUUCCACUGGGUUGUUAGUAACAAAGCUUUAUAGAUGGAUUCCCGCAAAGAAGCCCAGCCGAAAGGAGACUUUGAAUGCCAACUAUGUGGGCUAACAGCCCCAUACAGCUAUUAUGGGCAGAAACCCCCAAACACUCAUUCUGUUGUCCUCCUGGAAGAAAGCUAUGUCAUGAAAGAUCCUUUCGUCCCUGACAAGGACAAAUUCCUUAUCCUUGGAUCUCAGUGCAGUUUGUGUAACAGACGGGUGUGUGUGGGCACAGAAUGUAGUCUAUUCUACUCAAAAAGGUUCUGCCUCCCCUGCGUUAAUGAAAACCUACAGGAGUUUCCUUUGGAAAUACGACAAGACUUGGAUAAAAGGAAGUCUCAUUCAAAAUCCCACCCCUCCAAAAAAACAGAUGCAAGAACUUAAAUUAAAAACAACUGGAAGAGACACUGCUCAGAGGUUUUUUUGUUGGACCUAAAAAUGUAGAUUUUUGUAAAGAUGAUGUUUAGGCAAUUUACUACCAGUACAAGUAUUUUCAUGACAGUUCUUUAAGUUAGUUUGGAUUUAGGUAUUCCCAUUGAGUGUUUGCAGUGCAGGCACUGCAGCACUGGGCUACUGCAGGAGAACCAGAAAGGGAAGCAGCCAAGCCUGUGGUCACUGACCAGGUUACAUGUAGUGCAAAUAUUAAACAGCGUAAAGGUUGGAAAAUAAGUCAGAAUUUUACAGUUUUUAAGAGCUAGCGUGUUAGACAUUUACGUGCAAGUGUUAGUAAAAAUACAGGCAACAUUCUCAGUCGUUUGUCAGGAUAGUGCAACUGAAGACGAUUUACACCAGCUGAGAAUCUGGCCCAUAAUAGUUAACUUGACAGUAUCACUUUACUAAGGUUAUGAUAGACAAAGAACCUGAUGCCUUCUGACUCUUCCCCUCCCCGCCCCCCAAGUUUCUGUUCUACAGCACGCGAUCACAGAGCAUAUCAGAAUGGAUAUUCAUAGAAAAGUAUGUGGUCUGGAGGCCAUUGCGUCAAGACUAAUGCCACAUGAUGACUUCUGCAAGCAGAUAAACUUGCAAUGGAACAUAUCAGCUGAUACUUACAAGACUGCAGCCACUUUUCACUCCAACUUCCAAUGAUGUGG